AAUAUCCGUUGCCAUCAUAUACAUAUUUCAACAUAUAUGUUGAGUUGGAGAGAGAGGGGGAGAAAAAGGAAUGAUGGAUACAAGCAUCCAAAAAGUCAUACACAUAGACCAUCAAAAGUCUUCACCUUAAAUUCCUAACACAUAUGUAUGAGUGUGUGAUCUUUGUUUGAUCUUUGUCCAGAGAACUCCAAGAUAGACCAAAAAGGUUCAACCUCAAAACAAACAACACAAAAACAGCCAAAUAGCUAGAGACCAAGAUGAGAUCAAGCAGCCAAAAUUCUGAAAACUCCAAGACUUGUCUAUCUAACAACAUCAAAGCAACCACCAAGAAUGAAGAAGAUAAAGAUGAAGAGGAUGAUGAAGAAGGCGAAGAGGAUGAAGAAGAGAGAUCUGGAGAUCAGAGCCCAUCUAGCAAUAGCUAUGAGGAAGAGAGUGGGAGUCACCACCAUGAUCAGAACAAGAAGAAUGGAGGAUCCGUGAGGCCGUACAACCGCUCAAAGACUCCGAGGCUGCGAUGGACGCCGGAGCUCCAUAUUUGCUUUCUUCAAGCUGUGGAGAGAUUGGGUGGCCCAGAUAGUUGAGUUUCAAUUAUAUAUAUGAAUCAAUAUCAAGAUCAUUGCAUAUGUGAAGAUCUCUAAAUUUCUAGGGUUUUCUUGUUGAUAUUUAUUUGGGGUCUCUUUCAAUGAUUUUGUUGAAACAGGAGCAACACCGAAGCUUGUUCUCCAAUUGAUGAACGUCAAGGGGCUAAGUAUUGCCCAUGUUAAGAGUCAUCUUCAGAUGUACAGAAGCAAGAAGACCGAUGAGCCUAAUGAAGGAGAUCAAGGAUUUUCGUUUGAACACGGAGCUGGUUACACUUACAACCUUAGCCAACUUCCAAUGCUACAAAGUUUUGAUCAAAGGCCUUCUUCUAGUUUAGGAUAUGGUGGUGGUUCGUGGACUGACCACAGACGACAGAUCUACCGUAGCCCUUGGAGAGGAUUAACGACACGAGAAAAUACAAGAACAAGACAAACAAUGUUUAGCUCACAGCCUGGUGAGAGAUAUCACGGAGUUAGCAAUAGUAUUCUUAACGAUAAGAACAAAACUAUUUCAUUUCGAAUCAAUUCUCAUGAAGGGGUUCAUGAUAACAAUGGAGUAGCUGGAGCUGUUCCAAGAAUUCAUAGAAGUUUUCUUGAAGGUAUGAAAACGUUUAACAAAUCAUGGGGACAGAGCCUCUCUUCCAAUCUUAAGUCCUCCACCGCAACAAUACCACAAGAUCAUAUUGCUACAACGCUAAAUUCUUAUCAAUGGGAGAAUGCUGGAGUGGCAGAAGGAUCAGAGAAUGUUUUGAAGAGGAAGAGGUUAUUAUUUUCUGAUGACUGCAAUAAGUCAGACCAAGAUUUGGAUCUAAGCUUGUCCCUUAAGGUACCUCGGACACACGACAAUCUUGGAGAAUGCUUGUUAGAAGAUGAAGUAAAAGAACAUGAUGAUCAUCAAGAUAUCAAGAGUUUGUCUCUUUCGUUAUCAUCUUCAGGUUCAUCAAAACUCGACCGAACCAUUAGGAAAGAAGAUCAAACUGAUCACAAAAAGAGAAAGAUUUCGGUCUUGGCAAGUCCCCUUGAUCUCACUCUGUGAAUAUGUAUAACAACUUAUAUACGUAUAUUCUAAGUGAGAUCUUGUGGUACUUGUUGAUGGAAGACGGUUCUGUAUUGUUGUUUAUCAUUCGUUGCAUACUUGUGACAAGACCCAUAAUUAAGGAAAUAAUAGAGACAUUUUUUAAUGUUUUUUAUUAAAAAAAAAUUCACAUAAUUUUGUCGAGAUCGUUAAAUGCAUAUUUUAAAAUAUAUAUGAUUUGUGAUCGAGUUGGGAGCAGAAAUUUGUUUUCUUCUAAAUAGUAUAGUAACCAAGAAAUACAUUAGUGAG